AUGAUAGAUUCAGUACCAACAAGAAAGUCACGUAGACAGCGUGUUCCAAACAAAAAGUACCUUGACGAAGAUAUCGAAACCCUCAACCAAGUGUUGAGUUCAGACUCGGAUGAGGCGGCAGAGAUUGCACAGAGCAGUCUGAACGCUGCUCGGGGAGACAUUGACUUCAACACCACUGCUCACGAUUCUCCGUCCGAUACGGACACCUCCGGCAGCAGCGUUGCAAGUUCAGCUGUUCAUACUCCGGUCGAAGAGUAUGAAGACGCGGAGUCAUAUGCUAGCGACUCCGAUCAUGAAGGGCCAUUGCCUCGUUUUGAUCUACCCUCGGCCAGAUUCAAGCCCAAGCAACGAUGGGAACGUCAACCAUCUAAUGUUCGUUCACGAGGCAUUGAAUACAAUCUAUCUGACCAAGCCAAGAAAAGCCGGCUUCCCUUGUUGAGUGGGCCUGGGAACGACUUUGUAGCACAGGUAGCUAACGCCGCAGAUCUCUGGGGUAAUGAUGUUACUUUACCAAGGAAGAGCGACCUCCGACAAGCUUCCUCGCUAACAGCUGUCCCGAUUCAGAACGAGGGUAUGGAUGAAUGGAGAUGGUACUACGAACUUGGUGGCAGAGACGUGUUUGCACAGCGGCAAAAGUCAGAUGUGUUCAGUUUGAAUGACAGAAAAUACCUGCCUCAGCGCGGUGAAUCCAGGCUAGAUGUACUACUAGGACCCUACGGACGACAACGGAUGUUUUCGAUAAACACUUUACAAUUGCUCGACAUUGGCGAGGCCUGGGAUCAAGCCACUCACAGUGGGAUUGAAGGUAAUCUGCAGACCUUAUACCAACAGCAAGGACGAGGCUGGUUACUGAAUGCAGGCGGCCGAGUGCGAAGCAUGGAUUGGGCACCUAACCAUGAGGCCAGCGCUCAAUACCUUGCUAUGUCGACCAAAGAUUGCCGCUCAGAAGGCAUGCCAAAGGAGCCACCAUCAUUCUCAGCGGCCGCCAGAACUCGUUCUUGCAUUCAGAUAUGGGCAUUUGACAGGCAAUCGAUCCCUAGCCAGCCGGGAAUUUUGGCAUCAGCAUGCUAUGAACCAAAACUUGCCCAACUUUUGUGUCACGACUGGGGCGACGCAAAGCAACUGAAAUGGUGCCCAGUGCCUCGCAAAUUCAGCGACGAGGAUAGAAUUAGACAAAAUCCAGUAGGUCUACUUGGCGGUGUAUUUGACGACGGCUGCACGCGAGUGAUAGACGUUGCGCUGGAUGCGCGUAGCACUGACCCUCUCAUUCAUCGUGAGUUUCAAGCACCGGUCAAGCGAAAGUCUUAG